AUGGGAGAUGGGGAUUCUUCUGCCAGGGGAGAAGAUGAGGUCGACUUUUGUACUCUGGGAAUGUUUAUUAUAGAUGAUAUCGAGUUCGAAGGCUCCAGGCCGCCCGUCUAUGGUAUCAUAGGAGGCGCCGGGUCUUUCGCAGUUGUUGGGGCUCGCAUGGUUGCUGGGAAAGAGCACGGAAAGGCCGUGAGCUGGAUCCUCGAUGUCGGAUCCGACUUCCCUGAAGACAUGAUGAAUAUCAUUCAAUCCUGGGGUACUGGCUGUAUUAUCAGGGAGGACAAGGAACGACUGACUACUCGAGCAUGGAAUGGAUAUGGCGCAAACGAGAAACGAGAUUUCAAAUACUUGACACCAAAAUUACGGCUGGAGCCUUCAAUGCUUUCCCAUUCGCAACUAUUCUCGAAAACAUUCCACAUGGUUUGUUCAUCCGAACGAUGCGUUAAUAUUGUUCAAGAAAUUCUUCACAAAAGAAAGUCCUUACAGGAGCACGCCCCGUCACUAUCAGCUUCGAACCCAAUAUUCGUCUGGGAACCUGUCCCCGAUCGAUGUACUCCGGAAGACCAAGAAAAGUUCUUAGCGGCCUGUCAAAUGGUCGAUUUGGUCAGUCCCAACGAACUCGAACUGGGAAUGAUGUUCGGCCGUCCAGGCUGGAAUGCGGCUGAUGAGGAGGACCGUGAGCUGGUCCGGAAAAUUCUACAAUCUGGAAUCGGGUUAGACAGGCAAGGGUGCCUUGUCAUUAGAGCAGGUAAAGACGGCAGUUACUCUUAUUCAAAAGGUCGAAAGGGGCUAUGGCUUCCAGCGUAUUAUCAGCCUCAAUUGGGUGAGAGUUCCAAAGUAAUAGACCCUACAGGCGCUGGUAAUUCCUUUCUUGGGGCAUUGGUCCAGGGUAUGAUCAGCGAGGGACGACAGAGUCAUACGCUUCUUGACACUACAUUGACGACCUCUAGCCACUGGGAUGAAAUCAAGACUACUUGGGGGAAUGACGGCCAAGUGCCAAAAGCUAUGAUUUGCGCUACGGUAGCCGCAGGGUUUGUCGUUGAGCAGAUCGGUGUGCCUAGUGUGUCAAAGGCGGCAAAUGGAAGAGAGACUUGGAACGGGACUGAAUUCAUAGAACGACUCCGUAUUUAUACACAGCGAUUAUGUAAAACGCUUGAACAGUCUUCUCAGAGCCAUGAUUGGCUGAUAGACUGA